AUGGACACGUUCCGCCCGUCACGUUGUAUCGCCGUCCCCACCGGAUGCUCCAGCUUCUUCGGUGCUGCUCGUGAUGCCUUUGCCCGCCGGUUUCAGCAGUCGGGAGUCUGGACGGGGCCCAUCCACGGUCGGGACUGCCCUGUUUUGCAUGAUUCAGGUCUGGAAUCAGUCCUGGGCGAUCCACAGGCACAGGCACACCUGAAACACGUGGACCUCGGCCGUCGCUGGUUGGCUCCACCGUCGCUGCAACGGUGCACCUGUGAUGUCCUCCAGGUUCAAAGCACCGGGAUUCUGUACCUUCGUCCCCCUUGUGGCACACCAGCGUCCGUGGAUGAACGUCCAGCGGGAUACGACCUCCCUCCCGUUCAGCAGCAUCGUGAGGCCGGAUGGAACGUCCGGCCUUUCAACACCAGGGCUGUGGAUUCACAACCGGGAUUUGAUCAAGUCCUAAUCAUCGACUUGGAUGACGCUACGGUCGUUCUCGUUCUAAUCUUGAACAUUCCUUAUCACGGAGAGGCUUGCAGUGACCGCAAUCAGACAGCCAAGACAACCCACGAGACCGAUAACUACAGUCCUUCAGCCUUGAACCACGAUGGAGAUACGACGGAGAGUAAAAAGCUCUACGCGAACCUCGUCGAAGAGAGGAUGGAACCCAAUGUUCCCCCGUCUCCAAGCAAUGAGACCCCUUCGACGGCCUCCUCCAACGCCAACGACAAGGCAAAUGGAGUCUCAAAGCCGUCCUUAACCUCCAAACCGGGGCUGUCACUCACUCAGAAGCUCUCCAGUACAUGGACGAGAAAGCGCACGUGGAUUCUAGUCGCCAGCCUACUGGGACUUGCGAUCAUCGUCGUCGUCAUCACCGUCCCCGUCGUGCUGCUGACAGGACGAACAUCCGAUGACCCCAGCUACGCCGAUAUGGCCAACCGUCCUCUUCUGGUCGUCGACAAUUUUCCCGACCCCGGUCUUUUCCAUGUCAACGGGACCUGGUUCGCCUAUGGCACCAAUGCAGCAAUCAACGACACGCAGGUCCCGCACGUCCCCCUGGCCACUUCCACCAACUUCAAGGACUGGACGCGCGUCGAAGCGUACGAUGCGCUGCCCACGAUCGGGAGCUGGGAAUCCAGCGUCAAUCAUUGGGCCCCAGACGUGAUUCAACGGGACGACGGGAAAUACGUGCUCUAUUACUCCGGCGAACUCAAAGACUGGCGACGCCAUCACUGCGUAGGAGCUGCCGUGUUGGAGGGCAACGAUCCUCGGGGACCAUAUAAACCCCGCCAGGAACCUCUGGUCUGCACGCCCGACCGGGGCGGCGCCAUUGACCCAUCCCCAUUUCGCGAUGAGGACGGAAAGCUCUACAUCGUCUACAAAGUCGACGGGAACAGUAUCGGGCAUGGCGGAGACUGCAACAACGGUAUCAAGCCCAUAGUACCGGUCCCAAUCAUGCUGCAGGAACUGGAAGACGACGGCGUCACGGCCAUCGGCGAGCCCGUCCAAGUCCUCACGAAUGAAAAGAGUGACGGGCCGCUGGUAGAGGCCCCGAAUCUCAUCCGGACGGAAGAGGGGGUCUAUUAUCUCUUUUUCUCCUCCCACUGCUUCACGUCGCCCCUGUACGACAUCAAAUAUGCCCAUUCGACGUCGCUAAAAGGACCAUAUACGAGGGCUUCCCGGGCGCUGCUGAAGAAGGGCGACUUUGGCCUCGAAUCCCCUGGGGGUGCCACCGUUUCCGUAGACGGGACAAGAAUGGUCUUUCAUGCCAACGGUGAGGAUAAUCGCCGAUGCAUGUAUGUCGCAGGACUCAACAUCACGGCGGACGCGCCCAUCAUACUUAGGCCGUUGUGA